UAAUAAUUCUGUCUAAUUUUGAAAUAUAGGUGCCUGAAAUAGGUAAGAAGCGAUAGAACAUAAAGGUGUCAAGUUUCCUGCUAAAUCAAUAGGGUUGGCCUCCACUUUUAGUACAUUGACUCAAGUGUAGAACCUGUCCUUUGACAUUCAGCAAGUUAGUUUUAAUAGAAUUUAGCAGCAGGACUCUUUUGAGUUAUCCUUAGCAUAUGCAGGAAAAGUGUUAUAUCUAAAACUCAUUUUAAUAAUCUAUUCUUAUCCCUAAUAAUCCGUUCUAAAAUUGCAAGUAUUAUUCAUAAUAAGAUUGGGCUAUUUCUUCACCUAAUCUUUCUUUUGAAAACCCUAUGAAAAUGUCAAUAUCUUAGUCUUGUUAAUCACCUUCAUGCUUAAACCAGGCCUGGAGUUCUUCCAGGCCUGGGCAAGACUCCUUAAUGCUGUGAGGUACCUAAAAUUUUAUAGCUAAGACAAAGUCUUGAAUGAUGAGGAGCAUGGUUUUUGACGACCAAAGUUUGAAUGACUCUGAGAACGAAGAUGACUAUUUAUACAAGUUAACACCAAAUAAAUCUCUAAAGUUUGAAUCUGGCAGCUUUACAGCUGCAAAUAUGGUAGAUGACCAGUCAGAAAUCAAAAAUCGCAGAACUUCGAGAGAGAAAUUCAGACGAAGGGGAUCUCAGAUGUCCAGAUUUAACCCUGCCACGGCUGAUCAGAAUAUGUACUUCACAUCUCAUACGACUUAUGGGAGUACCAAGAGGGGAAAGAAGAGCAAGAAGAAGCUGCAGAAGGUCGAACCACAGAGUCAGAGUGUCCCUAGAACCACCUUAGACCGCCUUGCCAACCCUUUUUACUUUAAGCUGGAAGGAGUCACUAAGAAAGUGAGGGAAUAUGUCCGUCUCUUUGGCACCAAGAACAAUCUUGCCAAAAUGAAACGUAUCAGGAGUAAGCUCAGAGUCAAGAAACGAACCUUCAUGGAUGAAGUCAUCACUGGAGAUUCUCUUAAGAAAAUCCAGCAAGACCUAGCUCAAAUUGAGGAGAAAAAGCAGUAUGAAAGAGAUCUUCAGGGGAUUAUUAAAGAGUCUAAACUAACUGAGAGACUGACAAAGCUAAAGUCUCUUCAGGCCAAUGAGUUCUUCAGGCAGAAUGGUUUUCACAGGAAAUCUAUGAGAAAAAUUAGAUCAAAGAAGAAAUCUGUGAAGAAAGCUCAGAAGAGGAGUAGUAAUGACCUCCCUCUAACUUCUGGGUUCAAGGACCAAUUCUUAGCUCCUAAUUUGCAUGGUGAUUUCCAGAGCAUAAUCCAGUGCCCUGCUGAAAACAUCAAGGAGGAUAAUGAGUCAGACAGUGAAGAAGAAAGCAAUGGAUUCAAAAGUGAAAUUGACUCCUCUGAUAGCUUUGGGUCAUCCAGCCAAGAUUUUUCUCAAGCUAUGAAGUCUCUUGGCUCAGCUUUUAAGCAACCGAGUGGAAACUUAAGAGUGAGAUUGGGAAAGACAGGCGAAAAGUUGAUGAUCACAGUUACAGAUGAUGAAGUACAUUCAACUCUGAAGGGAACUAAGCCAAAAGCUGUCAAGCGUAAGCGAUCAAAAUCUCCUUUGCUAAAGUCAAAUACCAACAUCAAUAUUAACUCGAUGUUAGAAGAACUAGUCAACAAUAAUCCUUUCGAAGGGACUGAUUCCUUGAUGACUAUUGAUGAGGUAACCAAUUCUCCAAAGGCUGCUAGAAGAAAAAACAGCAAUGGAUUCAAUCUCAUCAUCAAAAAGGUGGAGAAAGAGCCUGAGAAAAUUAACAAAAUAAUCUUUCAGGAACUAUACAAGUAUUAUCCUAACAGUAGGAUGCAGAAGAGACUGAAGAACUUUAAAACAUGGAAGUCCAGGUCUCCUGACAAAGCUAAUGUUGAUGGCCAAUGUGCAGAUGCCCAACCAGUUAAAACAUUUAAGAAGGAGAAAGCUCAGCGAUCGAAGCACAAAUUUGGACAAAAAGAUUUAACUCUUGAGCCACCUAAGCAGCUUAAAUUGAAAUCCUUAUCAACUUUACUAUUGAAGACUGUUGAUAAGAAGAAUAAAAGUAACCCGUGAUCUGCACUAUUAGGGCCGAAUAUGAAUCAUCGGCAUUCGACAAAGCUGAAGGAAAGAAAACCUCGAAAUUUAUACAAAAGCAGUUCACAGGGACAGAUAAAUGCUGAGAGCUCCAAAUUUAUCCCAGAAAAUUGCCAAAAGAUUCUCCUAAAAGAGGAUAUUUCCCAGUUGAAGCUCAACAGCACUUGUAAAAAGUCGAACAAAUUUCCGAGUGUUUACCGAAGCACGCAGUCUAGUGUCUACUCAAAAAGCAGAAGGGAGGAUUUACCGAAGAAAAGUGUGAGGGUAAGCCUUCCUUGCACCCAAAAGAUUGCUGAAAAGUUGAGUAGUUUCCUGUAA